GUUUUCCUUCAUUACGCAAGAAAGAAGACAUGUAUUGUGCUAAGAUAAGUAUUGUGCGAAAAUUAACAUUUAUUCAAAAAUUCUUUCGUUAUUGCGUUUAAAUAGUUUCAAACUCAUUCAAAUUGACGUUUCAAUAUUUUUUUUUUAUAGCGAACUGGUUUAGUAAAACUAUACGUGCUUUGGUUAAUUUGGUUAAUAUAGUGAUGCGCUUGAUUUCAAUACCGUGCUCCUGAAAUUGAAUGUAAACAGAAAUGAAAAGUGACGGGGGUCUGUCAAUCGGCUGCGCCAAAUGAUAAAAUCAUACUGUCAUGACGCUGAACAAAAUUCCUAUAUGAAACUCUAUUACAAGACGUCGGACAUACGAGUUGCAGAAGGGGUCUGCGGAUCUCCUCCCGGUGAUAGGACUGCUCCCGGCCGUCAUGCCACCUAAUCUGACCGCUACCAACCAGACCAUCCAAGAUCCGCACACUGACCACAAUUUUCCAGCUCUGAUCAGCGGGAUACUGCUGAUAAUCCUUAUAAUUUGUGGCAAUUUACUAGUAUGCAUUAGCGUAUACACAGAAAAAGCUUUAAAAACAACUACAAACUACUUCAUUGUCAGUUUGGCAGUUGCAGAUUUGCUAUUGGCGGUAUUGGUUUUGCCGUUGUAUGUGUACGCUGAGUUCCUCGGUGGUGUGUGGACCCUGAGCAUGAUCUUCUGUGAUGGUCUGAUGACCAUGGAUGUGAUGUUGUGCACAGCUUCAAUAUUCAACUUGUGUGCAAUCAGCAUUGACAGGUUUAUUGCCGUGUCUGUUCCUCUGAACUACAACCGGAAGCAUAUAGACCAAAGACAAGCUAUCCUUCUCGCUGCCACCUGGAUACUAGCCUUAGCGGUAGCAUCCCCCGUCCUUUUCGGGAUCAACAACGUCCCUCACAGGGAUCCCUCCGAGUGCAAGCUGGAAGAUGAUAAUUAUGUGGUGUACUCCUCCGUGUGCUCCUUCUUCAUCCCGUGCCCCAUCAUGCUGCUGCUCUACUGCGGAAUGUUCCGGGGCCUGCGACGGUGGGAGGAGACCCGCAAGGCUAAGCUACGGAGCAGUGUCCAUAUGUGCCGCAAGCUGCAGCAGGCCGCCCCGCUGGCCUCACUUCCUGCUCCCAUGGAGAAGCUGGAGAAACUGGACCACUGUCCCCCUCCAGACUGUCCCGUCCCCCCAGAGUACAAGGAGAGUCCUGUCCUCACGGUGGCCUACCAGGGCAUAAUGUAUGGGACGUCUUCUAGACAGAGGAGAGCCAAGAUUAAUGGCAGGGAACGCAAGGCCAUGAAGGUUCUUCCCGUCGUCGUGGGUGUAUUCCUCUUCUGUUGGACUCCAUUUUUCGUGGUCCACACCAUGCGUGUCAUCUGUGAGUCCUGUUACAUCUCGCCCUAUCUGAUGAGCACCGUCACCUGGUUGGGCUACGUCAAUAGUGCCCUCAACCCUAUCAUCUACACUGUGUUCAAUACCGAGUUCAGAAAAUUAUUCCACAGAUUUCUGCACAGUUGUUGCUAACCUCUGUAUCGAAAUCAUCUUGCAUGACAAAAUGGCCUUAACCACGGUUGCUUAUGGAUACAUGUACAUCCAUCAUGUCAGCAAUCUUUAUUAAUUUAGUUAAUUUUGUGUAUUUUCUUUUUCAGUUUAAUUUAGGUAAUUUACCUGCAAAAGACAAAUGUCUGGCUACUUUUAGCAGCUACCUGUCUCUGGAAUUUGUUCCUGUUUUUUCUUCUGAAAAAGACAGAGUUUAAAAUGUAUUACCAGCACUGCUGGAAAUUUAAAGACCGUAAAGGUAAUUAAUCAUGAUGUAUUAUUAUGUCUUUCUAGAUCUCUUUGCAGAUAGUCUGGCUUGCAAGCUUGACAAAAACCAGAAACAAGAAUAUCUUAACAUUUAGGAGUUUGUGUGUCAGUUAAAGUCUCCUAAAUCUUGGAUGUGCACCACUGCAGUCUGGUCAGUUUCCUUUAAAAAAAUGAUUGUCAAAUCAGAAUGAUCCCUGGCAUUUGUUAGCUUAGUCAAAAGAAAAAGGUUGUAUAGAAUUCAGCCAACUGCUGCUUAAGGACCAGAGUGUAAAUAAUUAAUUAAUCAUGUUUGUUGUGUAGAUAAAAUUUUUAUACAUCACAGUGUAAGGAAUCAGAUAUUGGCUUAGACUUAGAGCAUCUUAUGCCGAUACAAGACUUACACAAGAAAACAUCAACCAACCAGCUCAUACAUUGAAUGACCUGCUAGUCUUGUUCAGAUGAAUAUACUGUAUUUUACCAUUAUAAUGGCAGUAAUCUGAGUAAUGGCAUUGCUAGAGUACUGAUCCCAGCAAGGUGCUAAUACUGCAUUCCUGGGUGAGUGAAUAUAACUUUGCUGUGACGUUGCUUCCUUUAUUAGAUCUGCAAAUAAUGCACAUGUACUAUUUUUGUCUGCACAGAUGUUAUUGGAAAUUGGUAUAUUUUAUACUUUGCUUUUAUACUUACAUGUCUUUGCUGCAAGAAAUGUGUAGGGAACUUUGAGGAGUCCUUAGCGGUUGGAAAUAAUGCUACAAGACAAAGGAAAAUGGAAUGAUUCUGUCCUGAUGCUGGUACCAAAGCGAGCACCAGUGAGGUCUCACAAGUAGUAGCCUUUAAAAACCUUCUUGGAUGCACAAACUGUUACAAAAUGUUCAUCUAUAAGCAAUCUGUGAUCAUUUAUUGUACCAUUUAGAGCGUUGUGUAAUAUGACAAACAUGAAAUGUUACAAAAAGUAAGAAGGGGGGAAAAAAUUAAAUUCGUAAAUAUUUAAA